GGCGAUAGUGGCGGUGGCGUAAUGGCACAACUAGACGAUGGCCGCUGGGUAGCGCUUGGUAUUCAUGUAUUUAGCCACUACUGUAAGCUGUUGCCUCCCGGAAAUUAUACACCAAAGAAGCAAGGCCAUACGAGUGUUGCACUUCAUGCAGCUGAUAUUGCUCGCUUUACUGGCUUCUUCUUACCAAUGGUGCAUUUUUGA